AUGUUCCAGAAGAACCUGAUACCUCCCCAUUGUCGCUCCAAAGGUGUUCUCAACUAUGGACUCCUGAACGAUCUGCAGGCUCGCGGUGUCCAUAUCGCUCCCCAGUUGACUUCUUUUCCAAGGAGAGGAAGACGCCGAUUGGCUUUUAUAAAUAACUUCAGUGCUGCAGGGGGUAACUCCGCCAUGUUGGUAGAAGACGCCCCUGAACGCUCGGUCGUGAAAAUCAAUGAUAACAGUGUUACUUCCGUCACGACAUCGGUGGUCACUGUCUCUGCAAAGUCGCUGACUUCUUUUGCCAAUAAUAUCAAAAGUCUACUCGCAUGGAUUGAUCAAAAUCCGGACACUCGCCUGGCUGACCUGGCGUAUACCACCACUGCCCGCCGUGUCCAUUACACAUACCGUGUUGGCUUUGCCAUAGACAGCGUGCCUCAUCUACGCCAAAAGCUGCAGGGCUACAUUGAAAAGGGCAGAUCCCCACAAGCAAUUUCCCAUAGGCACCCCCUUUCCAUAGCAUUCGUCUUUACUGGGCAGGGAACGCAAUACAUCGGUGUGGGCGAAAGCCUGUUUGCCGGAUGCAUCCCAUUCCGAAGCCGGCUACAGCAGCUCGAUCAGAUGUGUAUCGCUCAAGGCUUUCCAUCUUUCCUGAGCAUCAUCGAUGGUAGCAUGACGAGCGAUCUCGUGACCCAAUCUCCUGAACAGGGGUGA